GCGGCGCGGCCGCGGCCUGGGAUGCGCCAGCGCCGCCCGCCAUGGCCACGCUCGGCCUCUCCAAGGUGUUCAUACUCGACAAGUACUUCACCGAGCUGCAAAAGUUCUGGGAAACGGAGAAGAAGCUGCAAGACGCGUCGUCAUCGAACGAGGCGGUACACCUGCAGCGGCGGCUGCUGAGCCUCAGCUCCGAGCUGGUGACGCUACGGAACCACCUGCACGUUGGCGCCAACGCCCCGCAGACAGCCACAGGUGGAGCUAGCGCCGCGCCUACUAAGCCUGGCACGCCGCAGCCAGCCGUCCCGCCGCGCGCUCCGCACCUGCUGCCGCCGCCGGCGCCGCCCGUGCCGCUCGCGGCGCCGCCACAGCUACCCACUCACCCACCCGCUCCGCCAGAGAGUAGAUGGCGUGGAGGCGCAGCGCCGCCGGCGCCCGUGGCGCCCGCUCCGACGCCGACGCCGACGCCGCCCGGCGCGAGCGGCGCCACCGACGUCGACGACCUCAUCCACCUGCGCGGCCCGCUCACGGAAGACGCCGUGGUGCGCGCGCUGCAAGCACGGUUCUACCAUAACAAGUUCUACACAUGGAUCGGCCCAAUCUUAGUGGCGUUGAACGGGUACACGGACGUCAGCAACGCGCUGACGUUAUCGGCUGCUCGCGCGCAGCGGCCGGAGCUGGCACGGCUUGUGCAUGAUGCUGUGAGGCAUCAGGCCGAUACCGGUUACCCACAGGCCAUCAUACUCUCAGGCGUGUCUGGUUCGGGUAAGACCUACGCGUCGAUGGUGCUGCUACGGAGGUUAUUCGACGUUGCCGGCGGAGGGCCAGAGACCGACGCAUUCAAGCAUCUGGCGGCUGCCUUCACCGUGCUGCGGUCGCUAGGCGCUGCUGCUACGGCCGCCAACUCGCAUUCCUCGCGUAUUGGCCACUUCAUCGAGGUACAAGUGACGGAUGGUGCGCUGUACCGCACCAAGAUCCACUGCUACUUCCUCGACCAAACGCGCGUCGUUCGCCCGCCGCCCGGAGAGCGCAACUAUCACAUCUUUUACCAACUGUUAGCCGGACUCAGCGCCGAAGAGCGCACUGCGUUGAGACUCGAAGGUUACGCGCCGCAGGAUUUGCGGUACCUCGCCUCGCCAGCUCCACGACGACCGGAUCCUGAUGAUGCGCCACGUUUCCUCGCCUGGAAAACCUGCCUCGGAAUCCUCGGCAUUCCUUUCUUAGACGUUGUUCGAGUGUUGGCUGCAGUCCUACUGCUAGGGAACGUGCAGUUUGCGGACGGCGCGGAGGGCGCCGAAACAGCCGGGGACGCCGAGCUUCAAGCAGCGGCAGCUUUACUUGGAGUCGCAGCACCAGCUCUGCUACGGGGAUUGACGACACGAGCUGCAGCACGGGGCCGUGCUGCCGCCCGUGCGCCUGCCACGGUAGCUGCAGCAGCCGCAGCACGUGACGCCCUAGCCAAAGCCCUUUACUGCCGCACAGUCGCCACUAUCGUCCGGCGAGCUAACUCACUAAAACGCCUCGGUUCAACAUUAGGCACACUGUCCUCGGACUCAAACGAAUCAGUGCACAACCAGGACGCGGCAUCGCGUCGCGCGUCCACAAACGGCGGGCGCGGCCGCGCCGGAGCCAAAUCCAUGGCGGUGCUUAACGAUGCAGUGCGUCACGCCACUGACGGCUUCGUGGGAAUCCUUGACAUGUUCGGCUUUGAAGACGCGGCUCCAUCGCGACUAGAACACUUGUGUGCCAAUCUGUGCGCGGAAACCAUGCAGCACUUCUAUAACACACAUGUUUUUAAAUCGUCGGCGGAAUCGUGUCGAGAAGAAGAGGUGGGCGCGGCGGCGUUAGAAGUAGAUUACGUGGAUAAUGUACCGUGCAUCGAUCUGGUAUCGUCACUGCGUGGUGGCCUUCUGGCGGCACUGGACGCUGAAUGUGCAGCGCGGGGGUCACCGGAGCAAUACGUGGCGCGAGUGCGAGCGGCUCAUCGUGGCCACCCGCGCCUCGCUGAGCCCCGGCAGGCGGGCGCAGCUGCCGCACGCCGGUUCGCUGUGCGACACUACGCUGGAGAAGUUACUUACGACGCCAGCGAAUUCCUAGAUGCCAACCGUGAUGCUGUGCCCGAUGAGUUGUUGGCAGCAUUUGACACGCGCGCCUGUGAAUUCGGUUUCGCGACUCAUUUAUUUGGGGCAGAGUUGAAGAUGCUGGCAGCGGCGGGUGGGCCAUCGGGUGGCGUGUUUCGAGCUUCACCGACGGCGGCGGCGGCGGACGGCGGCUCGACGUUGACGCAGGACUUCCACACGCGACUGGACAACUUGUUGCGUACGCUGGUGCACGCGCGUCCGCACUUCGUGCGGUGUUUACGCGCCAACCACGCCGAGGCGCCCAUGCUCUUCGAGCGUCAAGCCGUUGCCAAACAGGUGCGCGCUCUCCAAAUCCUCGAAACGGCGCAACUAAUGGCGAGCGGGUAUCCACACCGUAUGCGUUUCCGCGCGUUCGGCGCCCGCUACCGCGCGCUGUGGCGGCGCGGGCGCGGGGGCGGGGGCGGGGGCGGGGGCGGCGACACGCCGGAGCGCGACGCGCCGGGCGCCUGCGCCGCCGUGCUGCGCGCCGUGGCGGCGGCCGCGGCGCCGCCCGCGCCCGCCUCGCCGGCUGCCGUGCGGUGGGCGCUUGGCAAGCGGCACGUGUUCCUCAGCGAGGGGAUGCGACAGGUGCUGGAGCGCAUGCGUCGCGCGCGCCGCCAAGCGGCCGCAGAAUGCAUCCAGGCGGCGUGGCGGCGGCACCGCGCGCGCCGCGCCCCCGCCCCGCCCGCGCCGCCGCGUCCACGCCCCGCACCCAUCGCUGGCACUCCGCCGCCGGAGCCGACGGAAAAGUGCGACCCACACCUCGUGUCGCGAACCUGCUCGCUGUUUGGGCUAGAUCUGGAGCGACCGCCGCCAUUACCACCAUCGCGAGCGUACACCGUCGCCGGCGGCGUGAAGCUGGGCUACCCGCAGCAACGCGCCGUGCUGUGCGAGUGGAACGAGAGCGACGCGGCGGGCGCGCUGCGGUUGCGGCCCGGCGACGUCGUCAUCGCUGUCGGCGCCGCGCGCCGCGGACAUGUGCACGUGCAAGUGGGCACCCGAACGGUCGCAGUCCCGCACCGCGUGCUGGCGCCGCCGCGCGCGCCGCCGCCGCGCCUGCAGCCGCCGCCGCCCGCGCCGCCGCCACCGCAACCCGCCUCUGCCUGACAUCGACCCAUGUCCAACAUCGAAACUAUCUAUAAUUAGGGCUCAU